AAACCCUCACCAGAUCUCUCUCUCUCUAAAACCCAUCCUCUCUCUCUAAACCUUUCUCUGCAAAUUCAACCUACAACAAUGGGAUCCAAUCAAGCAGCAGUUUCCUUCCUCACAAACCUCGCACGCGCCGCCUUUGGCAUCGGCACCGCCGCAACCGUCGCCAGUUCCGCCCUCUACACCGUCGAUGGCGGCCAACGCGCCGUCCUCUUCGACCGUUUCCGCGGUGUUAUUGACGACACCGUCGGCGAAGGUACUCACUUCCUCAUUCCAUGGCUCCAAACGCCUUACAUCUUCGACAUCCGCACCAGACCUCACACUUUCUCCUCAAUCUCCGGCACAAAAGACCUCCAAAUGGUUAACCUAACCCUUAGGGUUUUAUCUCGACCUGAGGUUAAUAACUUACCGUCGAUUUUCAAAACCCUAGGGCUUGAGUAUGACGAGAAAGUGCUUCCGUCGAUCGGAAACGAGGUGUUGAAGGCGGUUGUGGCGCAGUUUAACGCGGAUCAGCUGUUGACGGAGCGGCCGCAGGUGUCGGCGUUGGUGCGAGAGAGUUUGAUACGGAGAGCUAAGGAUUUUAACAUUGUGCUUGAUGACGUGGCGAUUACGCAUUUAUCGUAUGGUGCGGAGUUCUCUAAGGCGGUGGAGCAGAAGCAAGUGGCGCAGCAGGAGGCGGAGAGGUCUAAGUUUGUGGUGGCGAAGGCGGAGCAGGAACGUCGUGCGGCGAUUAUUAGGGCGGAAGGGGAGAGUGAGAGUGCGAAACUGAUUUCGGAUGCCACCGCGGCUGCUGGAAUGGGAUUGAUUGAGUUGAGGAGGAUUGAGGCGUCUAGGGAGAUUUCGUCGACUUUGGCGAGGAGUGGGAAUGUUACUUAUUUGCCGGGGAGUGGUAGCCAGAUGCUUCUUGGGCUUAAUCCGGGUCGUUGAUGGACUGGUUGGCUUCAAAGGCAAUAGCAUUCUAUCAUUUUCUUACAACAUUUAGCUACGUUGGAAAUACGAAGACACAUGCUGCUUAUGAGAGAAUAAUUGUAACAACUUUUGUGACUUGGCAAAACUUCCUCUAUGAGUUGGCAUUCUUUACAUACCAAAUGAUUGGUGAAUUCUGAACUAUUUUGUGUUGCAUUCUGCUAUAUGCAAUUUCAGUUUUAUCAUUUUAAAUAUUAGUGGUUUUUAGGAA